GGGAAAAUGCCAGCAGUUAAAACUAGUUACUGAAUGAUGGGACCGUAUGUUCGAGAGGGAGGGAGGACAGAACCGACAGAGCUGUCUGCCAGCAGUGAAGGAGAUGAAAUACCAGUAGAUGGCACUCAAGUCUUCAUUAUAACGCCAGGCUUCGCAGGGUCCCUGAAACCUGUGCACUGAAAGCAGCUGUCUGCGAGCGGAGGGCAUAGAUCCCAGCAGGCAGACAGAAGAUUUGGGGAACUGGAAGGUUUAACGGUGUCUGAGAUGCUGUGCCACAGUGCGCAAAGCAGCCGGGCUGUGGAAGACCAACAGAGGCGCAGGUGGCAUCCAGAGCGGGCUGCAGAGAGGGGACCUUGUCCAGAGGUGAUCUGCUCAUUGGCACACAACAAAGGUAGAUGCGUUUUCCUUUACAGCUCAGACAUCCUUCACGCUGUCUGCUUUCCAUCUCACCCCAUACCCAGCCUCAGAAAUAUAUUGUGUGUGUGUGUGUAUGUGUGUGCACUCUUCCAUGCAAGAAGCUGUCCUGCUGGAACAGAUCACUCCGUGCAAGUACCGUUCAUCUUUGCCUAAAAACUUUUUUCUUCCUUACUGCUUGCACAGUUCACAGAAUCCCUUCAGAUACACGAGGAAACAGACCAAAAAGAAGUCGCUUAGUGCCUUAUAGAACAUGCAUGCUGUUUCUAGAAGUAAGCAUCAAGAACAUAACUAAGCCAUUAAUCCUUAAUAAAAUUUCUAAAAUUAAAAAAAAAAAAAAAAAAAAAAAAAAAAGCCAUUUCUCUUCCCUGGCAUGGAAUAGUACAGCUGCUCACAGCUACCAGGACUGAGGCUUUCCUUUUCCAGUGCAGAUGCUCUUGGCACUGCUGGGCUGAACCCAGAACUUCUUUACAGCUAGAUCAACAAGAACCACGAAUAUUCAGGCACUAGCAAAUUUGGAAAGAUACAAAAGAAGUGGCAGUAGCCAGCUGCUGAGACUAAAAAGUGUCUCCAGGCUUUUGUGCUGAAAACAUCACUCUCCAGAUUUUGUGCUCUAGUGUGAACACAUUAGAGAAUGAAACAAAACAACAAAAUACUAUUCUGUUGAUUUAAAAAAAAAAAAAAUAGAUUUUCUCCUGUUUCUGUGGCCAGCCCCAAUGAUGCUCCUCAUACCAUUGCACAGGAUAUCAUUCAACAUUUGCUGCUCAAUCCAUCUCUUUGGGUUAAAACUCACUUUCACUUUGUUCUUCCCCUCCUUGUGAGCAGUAAUGUAUGGAGACAGGUAACAUAUGGAGACAGAGCCAACCAGGGUUACUCUCUGAAGGGCUCUGAUCAUGGACAGCACUUGUUCUUGCUGCCACAGCUCCGAGCAGAGCUGGAGAGCAGGUACAGCUGCAGCUCCGGGGACUGGUGUGGGAGGGAAACUGAAGAGGAGGGGCGUGAGGAAGCCAGGCUGCAGCUUCUUUGCCUCUGCUUCAUCCUCAGCCCUUCUGGCACAGACUUUUCCUGUACCACAAGAGCUCCUCCAACAGCAGCUACCAAACCCCUCGGAUGAGAGCAAUUUCCCAGACCUCUUUUUGCCAGUUCCUGGAAGAGACAGACAAGACUUGGAAGAAUCAUCCGAAGAAAACUGCUCCCCAAAGCAAAGGCACAGAGCAUUGGAAAACCCAAGCACCCAGCUUCUGGCCACCAUUAACAAACACAAAGCUGCCCCACAGCAGUCAGGGCUGCAGCGACUACUCCCCGGUUUCCAACUGGCCUGGCUCCAUGGAGGAGCAGGAAGACAACCUCGUGCUUUCCUUUGGAGCCAACACCAGCAAGUGCAGCCUUGAGACUAACCAGACAGGGGCCCCACCAUGCUGGUCAGGAGCAACCAGAGGUGGCCCUGAGGUGGUGAUUGUACCAGUGCUUUUUGGCUUGAUUUUUCUCCUGGGAAUGGUGGGGAAUACCCUCGUGCUGGUUGUUCUGGGGCGUCUCCGGCCUGGGGGACGUCCAUCGCGCAGCGCCACCAACAUCUUCAUCCUGAACUUGAGCAUUGCAGACUUCUCCUUCUUGCUUUUCUGCGUCCCUUUCCAGGCCACCAUCUACUCCCUGCCAGAAUGGAUCUUUGGUGCCUUCUUUUGCAAGUGGGUUCACUACUUGGCCAUGACGACAAUGCUGGUCAGCAUCUUUACCCUGGUGGCCAUGUCUGUGGACAGGUAUAUCGCAGUGGUCCAUGCCAAGCGUUCAUCCGGCAUCCGCAGCAAACGCAACGCUGCCCUCGGUGUGGGUGUAAUUUGGCUGCUGUCUCUACUCAUUGCAAUCCCCGUGGCCCAGCACCAGGCUCUUGUGAGUGGUCACCAGCAAGCACCCAACAGCUCCUUCUGCUGGGAGAACUGGGCGGACGGAUCAACGGCCAAGCAGACGUACAAGGUUACCAUCCUGCUGGUGGGAUACCUCCUGCCCCUGGUGCUCAUCACCUGCUGCUAUGCCAAGGUUUUGUAUCACCUCCAUACGAAAGUAAAGAACAUUUCUAAGAAGUCAGAAAGAUCUAAGAAGAAGACAGCGCAGACAGUGCUUCUCGUGGUUGCUGUGUUCCUGCUGUCCUGGCUGCCGCACCACAUCAUCACAAUGUGGGCAGAGUUUGGGCAUUUCCCCUUGAACAACAUCUCCUUCACCUUCCGUAUCAUCUCCCAUUGCUUGGCCUACGGGAACUCCUGCAUCAACCCCAUCAUUUAUGCUUUCCUCUCGGAAAACUUCCGCAAGGCCUGUCGGCAGGCCUUCAACUGCAAGUUCUUUCUGAGGCCGGUCCCUCCUGAGAAGCUGGUCAGAAUACGCAUGGAGAACUUCUCCACCACGCACUCGACCACUAAUGUGUAAACAUGGCUCAUAAAUAUGUUUCAGGAAGGAGGGGAAAGUUGGUGUCUGGGGAGACCAGUUAUACAGAGGCAUUUUAGGUACUUGCUACUAGGCACUGGGCUAUGCACAUCAGAAGUGUCUGAAUGUCCUUGCAGUACCUCUAAGAUAAAACUCAUAUGCUGUUGUUGUUAUGCCCAUAAAGGCUAAUAUGUGAGUUUACACAGAAGGUGGAAUAAGGAUAGACAUAAAAAGAGCAAAUAAACAAUUGUGUGUAUAGACUGUCAUUAGGAUGUGAACAGUGAGUGAUAUGACAUUUAGAGACAGUGCUA